AUGAAAAGCACCCUCUCGCUGGCCGUCCUUCUGGGCGCCGCCACCGUUUCUGCACUGGCCCUCCGUGACGAUGGUCAUGGCCUCGCGCGGACCCCUGCCUCCAGCCUCGCCAAACGCGAGAACCCCAACCCCGUGUCUACCGACUGUACCUGUGCCUACGGCACGCCGGUCGACGUCGCGCCCAUCGACGCCGGCAUCAAGCAGCUCUACAACACGGGCACCGGCCCCUGCAGCGCCCCCGCCGGUGCGCCCGGUGCCGGCGGCUGCACCCGCCUGACGUGCAGCGACAACGCCAGCAUCUGGCUGUGCAACGACAACGACUUUGCCGUGUCGAUUCCCUGUGAGCUGAUUGCCGACAACGCCGUGCAGCUGCUGAUUGCGUGCCAGACGACGACGUACGCGGGCGGCAACACGUGGUCGUCGACGGUGCGCGGCCAGAUCUUUUCGAUCGACCACACGUGGAAUGUGAUUAUCGACCACAACGGUUGUUAG